AAACACGAGGUAUCCGCCAGCCGGACGUCGUAAACGCACAGCAAGUCGCCAGAAUGUCCACCAUGAUCACGUUCGCGGCCAACAACGAGUUCUUCAGGAAGCGCAAGCGAGUCCACCGCGCGUGCGAAUCAUGCAAGAAGCGGAGAAAGCGCUGCAGCCACACCUUCGACGACGAGGCAGACGGAAGCUCUACCCAAAGUGGACACGCACCCAAUCCAACCUCAGAUCCUCAGCCUUUUGCUGCAAGUGGCCAGCAUCAGGCUCAGGAUCCCAGGGUACCUCAUGGAGAUUCCCAGAACCAUGGACAUGGACAUGCUCCCCUUCCCCACUCCAUGCUGCCUCCAAUGCCAAUCAGUCCGGCAGAGGAUCCACGAUCACCAACAACGCCGCCCAACUUCCUGGGCUACCUGAAUCCCGAGGCCGUUCUCAGGGAGCAGGUCCACUCUGAACGUGGAAAGCCAGCCCAAUCACCUGGCGGGAACCUGAUCGGUCAAUGGAUUGACGAGCACAACCAGGGACCAACGUCCGCAAGGGCAGGCUCGACCUCAUCGCGGAUUAUCGAAACAGGCCCGCAAACUACCCAGGAGCUCAAGGUCGCUCGAGCUCUUCAACAGUAUUUAGAUGCAGUAGGCGUUGCCAUAUUACCUCCACGCAAGAGCCAAGAUGUGCUCCUCGAAAUCUACUUUGGUUAUGUUCAUCCCCUACUUCCCAUUGUCGACAAGGAUUUGUUUUACGAGCAGUAUGCUUUGGGCAGAGAACCUCGUAUGGUGCUACAGACAAUGUGUAUCGUAGCGUCCAAACAUGCCCAUGCAGCAAAGGCUCUCUGUCUGGGAGACGACCCUCAGCCCCUCAAUCCACGCGACUUCUCUCAAAGGCUGUACAAUGCCGUUAUAGUGGGCAUCGAGGCAAAGCUGGAGAAGAACCGUGUCGUGCUGAUCCAAGUACUUGCUCUCCUAUCACUUCAUUGCGAGGGACCCGAUGGGGCGGAGCAAGCCUCAAUGCACCUUGCCCAGGCCAUCCAUCACGCUCACACAUUUGGACUACAGUUUGGUCACCAGUGGAAGAAUCAGAGCUCAGAGUCACAAGGCAACUUGGAAGACGUGUUUUGGUGUUUAUGGAGUCUGGACAAGAUGAAUGCUUGCAUGUAUGGAAGGCCACUGCUCAUGCAUGACCGAGACAAUAGUCUGCGGCAGCUGCCUUCAGAUCCAGAGAAGAGGUCCAGUCCGCUUGGUAUUUGGCUACAGAUAUCGGAGAUGCUGGAUAAGGUGAUCGACUACUACAGACCUGGUAGGUCUGCCGACGAAACAGGUUGGGAGGGGGACGACUUCUUGGGGUUCGAGGAGAUGGUAGGAGAUGGUGAGGACAAGUUGGAGGGCCCGAUCAUGAGUCUCCUGUCGCUCUUCCAUCACACCAUGUGCAUGGCCUCCCACAAGUCUCUCUCUAUCAACGCCCCGGUUAAAUCUACACCUUCAUACGUGCGCCAGAGUCUCUCAGCAACACGUGUCAUCCACCUUCUCAACGCAGAGUUACCGGAGCUCCUUCCACCGCUUCCUCUCGUCCCCUACGCUCUUGGGGUAGCCCUAAGCGUGGUAUACCGUCACUUCCGAUCCCGCCGCCUGAAGGUGCACGUGAACCGGGCGACUGAGGAACUAAAACAAUGCGUCCGUCUCCUCGACCGCCUCCGCAACGCCUGGUGGUCAGCAGGCACCAUGGCAGACCUAGGUCGUGCAGUCCUCAACAACGCAGCGGGACGCACAACGAACGCAGCAAACACUCCAGCACCAGAACCUCGUCCGUCUGAGACAAAGAUCGAGCUACCCACCCCUCAAUCCGUACAUAACGCAUUACCUCCACCCAACUCGGCACACUGGCCGCAGUCACUUGAUACCCCUAUCGAUCCCAGACUGCACCAUCAUCAAGCACCUGCCCCAAUGACCAACUUACUCAACCCCAUCCCAACGCUGACACCUGGUCAGCACCCCACGAGCAGCGAGCGUGCAAAUCGAGCGCCGAUGCCACCGGGCUUUGGAUUUUCAGAGACAUCGCCCGAUUGGCUGGAUUUUGACGCGGCGUUUGAGAACUUUGAGGGGUUACUGGGGAGCUCGGGUGCGGAUUGGAGUAAUGAGUUGUUCAAGCCGUUGAAUUAUGACACGUUGGAGGGAUAUAUGGAUCCUGCUGCAUAGUGGUAGGGAGGGGGAUGGAUGGAAGUUUGUGUCUUGCGAGAUAGAUGAUGACUUUCGUACGCUGGAGGAUGAUUUGUUUUUAUGCGACUGGUUAUUUGUGUUCGGGGUGUUGGAGCAUGGUGUUUUGAUUGAGCUUACGUAGGUAUGUAUAUAUGUAUGUAUGAUAACAAUACUCCUGUCUAACUAAAUAAUAAGUCUGGUUUCGUU